AUGGAAAAUCUGAUGUCAGAAUUCCAGCAUUGGCAAGGAAUGCGGCUGACCUUCACCUCCCGGAGCCAGAGCCCAGGCUCCCCCCCAGGCCCCCAGGGGCCCUGGGACUGCCGCCCCUUCCCCUGUCUGACCUCCAGUGCGGCCCUGGCCCCACCGGCCCAGGGGGGCUCUCCGGGCACGGAGCCCCCCCCAAGGCACCCCCCGGUGUGUCCCAGGCUGGUCCCGCUCCAGGCUGGCCCUGCCCCCGCAGGCCCGGACGUGUGGGUGGCCCGCCAGGCCAUUUGUUCCAGGAAGGGUUUCCAGAGCGGCUCCCCCAGGCUGGGUGGCGAACCCCUGCCCGGCUCCGGGCUCCCGGCUCCCCGCACUGCCUGCAGUGCUGAGGCCCCUGGUCCUGUCCACACCUCAAGGAGUGUCGGCAGGAUGUGGGGAGGGUGGUGGGACCAGCAAGAGAGCAGUGUACAUGCAUGUGAGCACGCUCGUGUGUUACGGCAUGUGCACGUGAGUGUAUGCACGUCUGUACACGCGUGUGCUCGUGUCUCGUGCAUGCACAUGUAUGCAAACGUGUCCUUGUGGGCACGGGCACACGAGCAUAGGUGUAUGGGUACACAUGUGCAUGCCAGACGCUCUGUGUGUGAGACACGUGUGUUCACAUGUACACAAAAGUACGUGUGUGUGUGCACACGUGCAUAUGUAGGAGCUUUGCUCCCUUGGAAGUACGCGGAGUUCCCGCAGCACCUUCUGGUCAAGUGGAGGCACGCCGACAGCUGUUCCCGCCUGCUGCCCGGUCCCUUCCCCCCAGUGGGAGCUGUGCCCCCAGCUAAGGGAGAGGACGGGGUGAGGGCGAGAAAGCCAACGUGCCGGCGUUCACCUUGGACGCACAGCCUUUGGGUCGGCCGCUGUUUGUUUUCUCUGCUCGGAGCGUCAGGACGCGGACUAUUUAGGGACGGUGUUGCUUCCCAAAGAUGGAUAAUGACAGUAAUUACACCUGGCCCGUCCUGCGUCUUCCGGCCCCACGUCCCGCUACGACCCCAGAAGCCCACCGCACGUGGGGAGCCAGGCCGUCCAGUCCUCGUGCGAGGCCGGGCCGGGUUCCUGCCGGCUGGUGGCAUCAAGCGGGGGUCCCCUGCCCUCUGCUGGCCCCAUGCUGCCUGCAGCCUCCCGCUCAGGAGCGCCAGCCUGGGCACACCAGGAGCCUGCAAGGCCCUCUCGGCCGUGGGGCUGCUCUGA